AUGGUGCCGUUUCAUCAGCCACUUCCAUCACGAGCCCGAAUGCAUACACCGACGAUGACGCCCGCAGAUGAACAUCCGAUCAACCAAGGCGACUGGUGGAAAAUUUACGGCGAGCCCACCACCAAGCCUGGCUCCAUCAGCGUCGACGAGCUCACCGCUUGGUAUGGCGAAAAGACGCCAGCCAAGGACUUUGUCGUUGUCGACGUGAGACGCUCCGACUGCGAUUACAUUCUGCCCGGAGCGAUCAACUUGCCAGCGCACACACUGCCUGCUACACUGCUCUCGCUCGUCCCGAUUCUGUCGACAAUCCCCAAGUUGAUCUUUCAUUGCAACUCGAGCAAAGGCAGAGGAACCAGGGCAGCAGGCUGGGUCGCAGACGCGCUUGUCAAGCUGCACACUCAGUCGGGCGCUUCUGAAGCACAGGCGCAGCAGAGUAUUGCACAGCAGGUGCUCAUCCUCACAGGCGGAAUCGUGGCGUGGACAGAAAAACACGGCAAACGACCGCUGGAGACGCGAGGUCAGCCUUGGGAUGGCAAGGAGCUGUCUGCUAUUCCACUCUGA